AUGCCUCAGAACCUCAGUAUGAAAGUCUUCCGUGCUUUGGUCUGUUUCAUCUUUCUUGCAGGACUGCAGGAUGCAGGAUACUCUGGUUUUGUUAAUGCAGAAACUCCCAUCUAUACAGAAAUGGAGGGUGGAAGCAUCACAGUUAAAUGCACAUUUUCUUUAACUGGAAGAAGGAGACUCUUCUGUACGGGAAAAUGUGAAGAAGGAAACAUUCUCAUUGACACAACUGAUGACUCAGCGCAGAAUGGCAGAUACAGCAUUAAAUAUAAAGAAGGAUUUUAUCCAUUACAUAAGACAGUUCUGAAUGUGAGCAUCACACAGCUGAGAAGAUCUGACUCUGGAAUGUACAGAUGCUCUUUGGACAGAAUUUUGCCAUUUGAUUCAAAUGAAGAAUUUGAGAUUGUUGUCACAGACGCUUCAGUGACCUCAAAACCAAAGUCUACUGUGCAACCUUCGCCAGUUUCAACAUUUCUCUCAUCAGCCCCCAUGACAACAGCAACAGUGACAACAUCACCAAAGACCCCAACAUCACAGAGUUUAAAUUCCAUUUCAGGAGGCACCACACCUUCACCAGCCUCCUCUUCAACCUCCAAACAGACACAGACACCUCUUCCAAAUUUAGGUACGCUGCCUGUGGUGGCUCUUAUUCUGAUCACUGUCUUACCAGUGGCUUUGCUGAUUUUCUGCAAGAAGAGGAGGGCCAGUAAACCUAAAGGGCCUCCUGUGGAAACAGAGCCCCCUGACAUUACAACGGCCAGUCAGUUGUAUGAAGAGAUCAGAGAGGAGGACAGAUUGAGCAAUUUACCUCCUGAAGGAGUAUUUUCAAUUUACACCACUGCCAAAUGCCCCCAAGGAAACAGAGUUGAAAGCACAGAUGACUACAGCCUUGUCAUCUGUCCUCAGAACAAAAGUGAAGAGAACUUGAGUAAGCUUGCUGCCACCAACAGCGCCCCCUGUGGCCAUGCAGAUGUUUUGUACUCCACGCCUCAUGUACAUUUCAGCACAGCCAACCACACCAAAGACGCCUCACCUCCUCUGUAUUCUACUGUUGGAAACCAUCAGUAGUAAUGUUAUUACAGGCUUAUUGCUAUGAUAGUUGUAGUUUGUUCAGACCAACUGGUAACACAAACUUUCUUCCAUUAAUCAUGCCAUUGUGAUUUUUAUUAGUCAGGGAAACAAGCAACUGCUGAAAUAAUGGAUUUCAUAGUGGAUCAACAGGCAUAACUGAUUUGUAGCAACCUGAUCAUAGUCCAUUGGAUAGUCCACCUUUGUAUUUAGCUGAGGAGUUUAUAGAAAGUUAGCCUGUAGUUGAUAACUACUUAAAAGUAGUUGGUACUAACUUCACACAACUUUGCACAUGAAGAAAAGUUCUGUUUUAGUGCAAAGGAAAAAAAAUACACGAACAAUAAUCAAUGAUCAAAGGUAAUAAAGUAGUUCACACAAUGA